AUGCCAUUGCGCGCAAAGAUCACAAAUCCGGCUUGGAUGAGUGGCUCAAGAAAGUAUGCCACACCCACGGCCGACCUUUUGAAAGCGCAGCAAGACGAUGACCCUGAUGAUGUCAUCUUCACCAACAACUACGGUGUUCGCAGCAUUGAGCUCAACCGGCCGAAGAAGCUGAACUCGCUCAAUGGCUCCAUGGCCCGCAAAAUCAUACCGAGGUUACAAGAGUGGGCAAAGUCUGAACUGGCAGGUGUCGUCAUUAUCAAGGGCAACGGUCGCGCCUUCUGUGCAGGAGGAGAUGUCGCAGCGCUGGCAAAGUGGAACAAGGAAGGAAAGAAGGGACAGCAGAUGAGCUCAGACUACUUUGGGCUGGAAUACAAGCUGGACCACCUCAUCGCAACCUACACAAAGCCAUAUGUCGCAUUCAUGGACGGCAUCACAAUGGGCGGAGGUGUUGGACUUUCGAUACAUGCACCCUUCCGAAUCGCGACCGAGAACACCCUCUUCGCCAUGCCCGAGACCACCAUCGGCUUCUUUCCAGACGUCGGCGCAUCCUUCUUCCUUCCUCGAAUGGAAGGCGCUCUCGGCACAUACCUUGCCCUUACGUCCGAACAACUCAAGGGCGUAGACGCUUUCUACCACGGUAUCGCAACCCAUUACAUCCACUCCUCCACUCUCCAGCAACUCGAGGCGCGUCUCGCCGAACUACAAUUCCCCGACUACAUGAAGCUCGACGAGCGCUUCAAAAUCAUCAACGCCACAAUUGAAGAGUUCAGCACUGGGCUUCCCGCCGAGCGACCGCACAUCUCGGGUGAACUGCGUAAGGUCAUCGACAGCGUCUUCCACGACGACCAACCGGGAAUCCAGAACAUUCUGGCGUCGCUUGAACAAGUCAAGAAUGGGCACAAGAACCCGGAGAUCCAGAAGUGGGCCGAUAAGACUAUUCAAACCAUCAACAGCCGAUCGCCCAUCUCCGUCUCCGUAGCACUCCGCCAGAUGCGCAUCGGUCGCCAAUGGUCAAUUGCGCAGACCUUCCAGAAGGAAUACGACAUCGCCUCCCGCUUCAUGGCCCACCCUGAUUUCGUCGAGGGUGUGACGGCACGUCUGGUUGAGCGCAAGAAGGAGCGUCCAAACUGGGAACCCAACACUCUUGACGACGUCAAGCAAAAGGAUGUCGAUGCUUUCUUCGCUGACAGUGGCGAGGCACCAUUGCCUCUGAUCAGCCAGAAUGAUUACAAGGAGUACCCGCAUGCCUGGAUUGGACUGCCGCGCGAAGCUGAAAUCUUGAGGGAAGCAAGUGGACAGAAGAGAGAGGAUGUUGUUGCUAAGCUUUUGGAAAAGUAUGAGGGAAAGCAGGGCGUCAGGGAAAAGAUUGCCGAAGUACUCGAGAGAUAUGCAUAG